CGACGUAUGACGUCAGAGUCGCCAUGGCCAGCUAUCCGUAUGGGCAGGCAGGACAAGCACCUGGAGCCCCUCCGGGUAGCUAUUAUCCUGGACCCCCCCAUGGCGGAGCCCAGUAUGGCAGUGGAGUGCCCCCCGGUGGUGGUUAUGGAGGAGGUCCUGCCCCUGGAGGGCCUUAUGGACCACCAGCCGGUGGAGGGCCUUAUGGACCUCCCAACCCUGGGGGACUCCCAGCAACUCCAGGAGGACCAUAUGGCGGUGCUGCUCCAGGAGGCCCCUAUGGACAGCCGCCUCCAAGCUCCUAUGGUGCCCAGCAUCCAGGGCCUUAUGGACAGGGACCUCCUCCAGGUGGUGCUCCUCCCAACGUGGAUCCUGAGGCUUACUCCUGGUUCCAGUCAGUGGACUCCGAUCACAGUGGCUACAUCUCCAUCAAGGAGCUGAAGCAGGCUCUGGUCAACUCCAACUGGUCCUCGUUCAAUGACGAGACGUGCCUCAUGAUGAUAAACAUGUUUGACAAGACCAAGUCAGGCCGCAUUGACGUCUACGGUUUCUCAGCCCUGUGGAAGUUCAUCCAGCAGUGGAAGAACCUCUUCCAGCAGUAUGACCGGGACCGCUCGGGCUCCAUCAGUCCCACAGAGCUGCAGCAAGCUCUGUCCCAGAUGGGCUACAACCUGAGCCCCCAGUUCACCCAGCUCCUCGUCUCCCGCUACUGCCCACGCUCUGCCACUCCUGCCAUGCAGCUAGACCGCUUCAUCCAGGUGUGCACCCAGCUGCAGGUGCUGACAGAAGCCUUCCGGGAGAAGGACACGGCUGUGCAGGGCAACAUCCGGCUCAGCUUCGAGGACUUCAUCACCAUGACGGCUUCUCGGAUGCUCUGAUCCCGCCCAUGUGCAGAGUAGGGUGCACCAGGGGACCUGCCCUAGCUCCUCAAGGGAGGGGGAAGCAUGUGGGCUUCUUUAACUGCCCCUCCUAGAAAAAGAUUUCUGCCUUGCCUGAUUCAGCACUGUACCCCAGGAGGGCGGGGAACCGCCCAGUAGCGGGGUCCUGGGCUGAGGCCACACAGGGACCUGACCUAGGAGAGGACAGCAAGUUCACUGUCCUUACAGCUCUGAGCAUUUAAAUGGCACAGCCUUGUGCCAGAGCAGGAGAUGCCAGUCAUUGCAGUGGGGUCCAUUCAACUGGGCUCCAGCCUUUAGCUUCCCUUUCUUCCCCAGCUGCAGCGGUGAGUGUCCUCUGCUCUUUCCACUAGCACUUGUGGCCUCUCGCCUGGGCUGUCCCAGCAGACGGACUGUCCAUCAGUUUCUCCAAAGUGGAAUCUGACCAGGAGUGAGGGAGAUGGCCAGGGCGCCAGAGGCUUGGCUCCACCUCCCCUCGGUCUGUGGGGAUUAGCUUCUGGCUGUCUGGGGACUGGCCCCGCUCAGGGGGCUUGGGCGGUCUCCUGUCUGGGCAUCUGUGGCCAGGCUGCUGCCCUCUGCAGCUUGUACCCUCACUUGCCUGACAUUCCCCGCUUGGCUUCAGUCUCCAGGGGACCGCUGCCAUCUCCCACUGCCAAUGCUGUUUUUAUUUGCCUUUUUUUUCAUUUGGGGCCAAAAGUUCAGUGAAACUGUAAACUUCAAUAAAAGGACAAAACGCUGGAGUUCCAUGCUUCCCACCAACCUCCCCAGCGGUCGGCUCAUGUCCUCAUCCACUCCGCCACUCAUUCAUUCCUUCAUUCAGUGAACGCUUGGGUGCAUGCUCUGUUGCACACCAUGCAGAAAGGAGCAGUGCAGGCUCACG